AUGGCUGCGCGGGUGUCUUCUUGUUGCUCACCUUCCUCGAGCGUCGUUUCUCCUCUUCGGCGCAGCUUAGAAGAAGCUGCCGCGGUGGCGAAGACACGAGGGAUCCACUGCGGUGGCCCUGUCCCCCCGCGGUCGCACGCCCGGCCUCCGACGUUUCUUCCACACGCCCAACGAGGGCCUGAACUGCCUGCGAACCAACGGCGCCUGCCUCUUGCUGAGGCGCAUUGGUGGACUCAGCGAAUGUCUGAUUUCUUGCGCGGAGAAGCGCCUCACUUCAGCUCAACGAAGGCAACAAGUUCCACCAGACACGUUAAUGCAAGGUCGCCUCGUCUUUCCGCAGCCGAAGGGGCAUGCAAACAAUCCCCCGCAGCUGUCCUCGUGUCCAGACACGUAUCCACUCCGAUCGAGCUACCCUUCGUGCACUCAAACAGGCGGUUUCUCUCGCCUUCUCCCUCCGCCUCGUCCUCGUUUCCGUACUCAUCUUCGAGUCCAGGUUCUGCCGCUGCCUCUACCUCUGUCUCACGCUCUGCUUCCCUUGUCACCGCCUCUUUACGGCCCUCUGUGUUCUCGUCUGCGUCGCUCUCUUUCUUGCAUCCUUCGAUAUCGCCUUUCGCCAAAUCUCGCGCUUGUCUGCCCCUCUCGGCUCGUCACACUUCGCUGGGCGCGAACCUCGCUCACAAAGCCGCCCUCGUGCCGCAAGGGGGGUGUCUAGACAGCCAAAGUGUGGGAAGGCGGUCGUAUUCGGGAGAACCCCGCAUCCGAAACAAAAACAGCCGCCAUACGUCAGAGUGGAUUAAAAGGCAAAUCACCGACAGAUAUGUCCUUCGGGCGCAAGAGCGGAACCUUCGCAGUCGCGCGGCGUUCAAACUGGAGCAGCUGGAUGAUGAGUUUUUGUUUUUUCGGAAGAACCAAGUCGUCGUCGAUCUCGGAGCGUACCCUGGAGGCUGGAGUCAGGUUGCUCUGGACCGCAUUCGCGCUGGCGGGGGAGAAGGAAGAGUCGUUGCGGUUGACCCUGUCGCCAUGGAUCCCCUCCCGCACCACACGUUCAUCCAGGGCAGCGUCGGCCAAGCAGGAACGCUGCAGGCGCUCCUCGAGGGGUUGGGCGAGUCGAAGGCAGACGUCGUCCUCAGCGACAUGGCGCCUGCAUGCAUCGGGGUGAAGCAGGAUGAUCACCUGAACUGCGCCGAGCUUUGUCUGCACGCGUCCGACCUCAUGGAGCAGACGAACAACUUCAAAAUCUAUCUGCGUACGCGGUUCAAAAGAGUCUCCUCUGCAAAGCCCAGAGCGUGUCGCCCAGAAUCGCGAGAAAUGUAUUUCGUCUGCCAACACUUUUUGGGUCGAGAACGUCUCGCCGAGGAAGUCCAGCUCAAAGGCUGCUUCACCGGUAAAGAAGGCUAUCUGUGA